CCGGCACCGGCGGGAGGGGAGGGCGGGCGGCGCCCGCGCAGACGGGACAAAGCGCGGCCAUGAGCCCGCUGUAGGCCGCUGGGAGCCGCCGCCGCCUCCAGGGAGGGAGGCAGGGAGGGAGGGAGGGGGUUCUGGCCGCGGGUGGAUGCCGGUUGCGGCCGGCCGCGCCCGGCACCAUGCACACCGUGCAGAAGGACACUACCUUCACCAAGAUCUUCGUCGGGGGGCUGCCCUACCACACCACCGACUCCUCCCUCAGGAAGUACUUCGAAGUCUUCGGGGACAUCGAGGAGGCGGUGGUGAUCACCGACCGGCAGACGGGCAAAUCCCGGGGAUACGGCUUUGUGACCAUGGCAGACAGAGCCGCGGCUGAGCGGGCGUGCAAAGACCCCAACCCCAUCAUCGAUGGCAGGAAAGCAAACGUGAACCUGGCGUAUCUGGGAGCAAAGCCGAGGAGUAUUCAAACCGGUUUUACCAUAGGUGUGCAGCAGCUCCACCCAGCCUUCAUCCAGAGACCCUUUGGACUCACGCCUCACUACGUUUACCCCCAAGCUAUCAUUCAGCCCAGCGUGGUGAUCCCCACCCCCGUGCAGUCCAUCGCAUCUCCCUACAUCGACUACACCGCCGCCAGCCAAGCCUACUCCCAGUACACCACAGCUGCCUACGACCAGUACCCCUACGCUGCCUCUCCUGCCGCGGGCUUUGUGGGUUACGGCUACACGGGGGCAGUGCAGCCCCCCAUCACCGCCAGCACCCCGGCAGCGCCCGCCACCGCCUUUGUGCAGUACCAGCCCCAGCAGCUGCAGCCCGACCGCAUGCAGUGAGCCCGCGUUGCUGGGACGAGUCUUUUGCAAUGGAAGGAUACAAUUAGGACAACAAAAGCAACGGCAAAAGAAAAACAAAACAAAACCAAGAUGCAAAAAACAAACAAACAAAAAAAAAAACCCACAACAACAAAAAAAAAACAAAACAAAAAACAAGGAAAAAAAAAAAGUCACCCUGACCCUGUCUCCCAUUUAUUUAGGUGCAUAUCAAUACCUAAGCUAUUUAUAGUGUUACGGGCAAACCCAAACCCUCGCAGUCUGACUGUGCUCACGAAGAAGGACUUCGGGUAAGUUGUUUUUCAGUCUGGACAGAUCACGUCUUGAAGAUGUUCUUAAAGUGACUGAAAUGAUUCACAGGAAAACUACAGCUCCUUGCACAUGUCACAGUCUGCUUCCAUCACCUGUGGGCUUCUUUCUGCCCCCCCCCCCCCCCCCCCCCCCCCCCCCCCCC